GGUCACUGAGCCGACCAAUCAGCGCCGCCAUGGAGGUGACAGCUACGGCGUCCGGGAGGGAGAUCCGGUGUGAGGGGGGAGGGGAGAGGCGAUGCCGGCCACAGUCCUCAGUACAUUGUACGGAUAUUCCCCCCAUUUCUACAUCGCCGUGGUCUUCAUCUGCUUCCUGGUUACCUGCGGCCUGGUGCUGGGCUGGUUCGGUGUGGACGUUCCCGUCAUCCUAAGGAAUUCCGAUGACUCCGCCUCCAAUACUUUCCUCUCCAGGAAGCGGAUGGUGCAAGUGAAGAACCCCUUUGGACUGGAGAUUGUGAACCCCGAUACCGCCAACAUUACAACGGGCGUGACGUUGCGGCCGCAUUGCCUGGAGGAGAGCACCCUGACCUGUUACUGGGGCUGCAGCGUCCAGAAGGUGCAGGAGGUCCUCCAGAGACACGCCUACCGCUUCCUGAUCAGGACCCCCGGAGCGCUGGAGGAGACGCUGAACAACCAAUACCGGCACAGGGAGCAGCAUGCCGUCCAGAAAGAAAGCAAAGAAGAAAUUCUGGUGCGGCUGCCAGAGGACAGCGAGACGGAGGAUUUUGGCGCGGUUCCCCGCACUCGUUAUCCACUUAUAGCUCUGCUGACGUUGUCUCAUGCGGAUGACCGGGAGUUGUACCCCAUUGUCUCCAUGCUGAGCGUCCUCCAUGUCCCGGAUCGGAGUUACAGUCUCCCCUGCAGGAUCCUCUAUCAGUAUCUGCUCACCGCGCAGGGACAGUUCUAUGACCUCAAGCAACUUUAUAUGUCUACGAGCGAGCCGACGCCGGAGUGUGCCGAGGAGAGCCGGGACUGUGCCAGGGACACGGAGCUCCUGCAGAGGUUGGGGCUGUCCGAGGAGGGGGAGGGGGCGCAGGACGGCGGGGGCAAGGACUGCGUUGUCUGUCAGAAUGACACGGUGAACUGGGUGCUCCUGCCAUGCCGCCACGUCUGCCUGUGUGACGGCUGCCUGACCCGAUUCCAGCACUGCCCCAUAUGCCGGCAGUUUGUACAAGAAACCUUCCCGCUGCGCAGCAGAACACCGCCAACCGGGUGAGGACCACCGAGGCCGGAACGUCCAACCGUACCCAUCACACCCGUCCCGGCACCGGAACACCCUGCCCACCCUCAUAAUUACACUGCUGCGGUUUGGUAUGGGGGUAGUUUCCCACCGGUAUGGUAAGGGGGGUAGUUUCCAAUCGGUAUGGUAAGGGGGGUAGUUU